AUGUCCCAACGCUCACAACCCCCAGGGCCAGUCGUUGUUCUCGGUGCGAGUGUUCUCGGUCGUCGCAUUGCCUCGGUGUUCCUUUCUGGCUCGCACAAGGUGCACCUCUGCGAUCCCAGCCAGGAUGCCCUUUCCGAAGCGAAGGCCUAUAUUGAUUCGUCAAGAGAGACGUUCACUGCGUUGACACCCACGCCGCAUCCCAAGAGCGGCCCGUUGUCCCUCUUCACAGAUCUCGCGACGGCAGUUGACAACGCAUGGCUGGUGAUUGAGGCGGUUCCGGAGAUACUCGAUCUCAAGGUCAAAACCUUCGAGGACGUCGCCCAAUUGGUCCCUGACGAUUGUAUUCUCGCGACGAAUUCCAGCUCAUUCAAGUCGAGGCUGAUAGUCUCUGGCCUCAGUGAGGAAAAGAAGAAGAGAGUGUUAAAUAUGCAUUUUACCAUGCCACCGGUUAUCCUUCCAGUGGAGUUGAUGACUUGCGGUAGUACGGAAGACGGUAUAAUCGAUGGCUUAGUGGAGGUAUUGAAAAAUUGUGGGAUGUGUCCGUUUGUUGCUAGGAAGGAGAGCACUGGUCUGAUCUCUAACCGCGUGUGGGCUUCCAUCAAAAGAGAAAUUCUGUUUAUCCUCGCGGAAGGGGUCAGCACCCCCCAGGAGAUCGAUAUCCUCUGGAGAUACACAGUUCAGGGUGCCGCUAGCGCCCCACCCUGUCGCCUCAUGGAUAGUAUUGGGUUGGAUACUGUGGCGCUCAUCGAAGACAACUACGUCCAGGGAGAAUAUAUCAAUAAGGGACGACUGGGUGCAGGGUCUGAGUUGGGGGGGUUGUAUCCUCCAGAGCCUGAAGGCGCAGCCACGCAGCUAUACGUGCUGGACGUUGGACUCGGGGCCAAUAAUGAGCUUCAUUGCAUUCCCACAGCAGGACGGGUGCUUGCAGUCUCUCCGCAUAAUGGAAGGCUAACUACCCUCGUCAGUGGGCUAUCGCUACCCGAUGGAAUUGAUGUCUCUCCCUCGUGCGGGCGGAUGUUCUGGACGAGUAUGGGAUCCGACAGGUCUACCGCGGAUGGAUCGGUACAAUCCGCCAAGCUGGAUGGGAGUGAUUUACAGACAAUUGUGAACACGGGGAUGCUAUACACCCCAAAGCAGCUUAUCGUCGACGAUGUGGAUCAUAAACUGUACUUCUGCGUUCGCGAGGGGAUGGGGGUGCACCGAUGCAACUUUGACGGAACCGACCAUCAGGUUCUCAUCCAAACCGGGUCCUUGAGUGUCCCCUCCGAAAAGAAGGAUCCGAUGCGGUGGUGCGUGGGUGUCACUCUCGACCGGGUCAAUGGCUUUGUGUAUUGGACGCAGAAGGGGCCGAGUAAAUCCGGAAAAGGGCGGAUCUUUCGGGCUGGGAUUGAUAUCCCGGCUGGGCAGACAGCAAAGAGCAGAAACGAUGUGGAGUGUCUGUUAGAAGGGCUUCCAGAGCCGAUUGAUCUGGAUUUCGAUGGUACGACAAAGAUGCUGUACUGGACGGACCGAGGGGAGCAUCCGAUGGGCUGUUCCCUCUAUCGGAUCGACUUAAGCGGCCAAGUGGACAAAGAAGCGUUGCCAGGCAAGAUGGAAAUCUUGGCGAGGCAAUUUCAUGAGCCGGUUGGAUUGAAGGUAACGCAGCAGGGCGUCUAUGUGACCGACCUAGGGGGGUCGGUGUACCUGGUGGCUGAGGGGAAGAAGACAUUAGUGACGCGGGAAGAGGCAUGUUUCACAGGCAUCUCGAUCCUGGAAUAG